AUGUUAAAAGAUGCAACUUUAAUAAAACAAGGAGCUGAAGCUCGAAUUUACAUUGCAACAUUUCUAACAAGAAAAACAAUAGUUAAAGAACGAUUUAAGAAAACUUAUCGACAUCCAAUUCUUGAUAAAAAACUUACAUCAAAAAGAGUUGUUCAAGAAGCAAGAUGUUUGUUCAAAUGUUAUAAAUCAGGAAUAAACACACCAGUAUUAUAUUUUGUUGAUUUAAAGAAUAGUACUAUUUAUAUGGAAUUUGUAGAAGGCAAAACAAUUAAAGACAUAAUAAUAUCAAUAGAUCCAACGAAUAAUCAGCACAAAGGAGAAUCAUUGGCAAAAAUGCAUUUGAUUGAUGUUAUCCACGGAGAUUUAACCACUUCAAAUCUGAUGUUAAGAGAAAAUUCUGAAGGAUUAGCAAUAAUUGAUUUUGGAUUAAGUUAUGUUUCAAAUUUGCCUGAAGAUAAAGCUGUUGAUUUAUAUGUAUUAGAAAAAUCAUUUCAAAGUACUCAUCCUACUCAUGAAUUAAUGUUUAAUGAAAUUUUAAAAGUUUAUGAGAAAAACCACAAAAAUUCUAAAGAAAUUUUGAAUAAAUUGAUGGAAGUAAGAUUAAGAGGACGUAAAAGAAGCAUGGUUGGUUAA